AUGGUGGCUAUGGCCUCUGCUUCUGGUUCUGCUCUUCGCUUCACUGAUGCUUCUAGCUCUCGCGUUAUCAGACGCGAUGUUGGAGCUUUCUGUCUUGCUCCUAGGACAGUAACGUUCGGAUUCGUCGAUAAAUCUAUUCACAGUUUGAACCGAUUAAGGUUAUCUGGUUUGAAGUCUAGAGCAUCAAAUGCUACUGCUGUCGAGAAUGCAAAUGCUGCUGAUUCUGAUAAAGUUCCAACACCAGUGGUCAUAAUCGACCAAGAUUCUGACCCUGAUGCGACCGUUGUUGAAGUUACAUUCGGAGACCGUCUUGGAGCUUUACUUGACACUAUGAAUGCGCUCAAGAACUUGGGUUUGAAUGUCGUCAAGGCUAAUGUCUUCCUUGAUUCUUCUGGCAAGCACAACAAAUUCGCCAUUACUAAAGCGGAUAGUGGAAGAAAAGUAGAAGAUCCUGAGUUGCUCGAAGCCAUCCGUCUCACUGUCAUCAACAAUAUGCUUGAGUUUCAUCCUGAAUCAAGUUCUCAAUUGGCAAUGGGAGCAGCUUUUGGUGUUCUUCCACCUACUGAACAGGUUGAUGUGGACAUUGCAACACACAUAAAGAUUGAAGAUGAUGGACAAGACCGCAGUUUACUAUAUAUAGAAACAGCGGAUAGGCCUGGCUUAUUAGUUGAGCUGGUGAAGAUCAUUUCAGAUAUCAGCGUUGCUGUCGAAUCUGGAGAAUUUGACACCGAGGGUUUGUUGGCUAAGGUAAAGUUCCAUGUAAGCUACAGAAACAAAGCCCUUAUCAAGCCUCUCCAGCAGGUUCUUGCUAAUAGUCUGAGGUAUUUCUUGAGGCGUCCAUCAACUAACGAGUCAAGUUUCUGA